GAUCCGAAAUCGAAAACAAAGAAAAAGUUAUGGCCCGAACGCUAUCGAGAACCCUACUCCUCAGCCGGUCCGUUCUCCACCACCGCUCCUCCUUCAUCCGCCGCUUUUCAUCAAAGCCUGAGCUUUUCGAAAUCGAUCUGGACUCCGCCUCUUCAUCAGCCUCCGCCAUUAACAAAAUGGAGGAAAUCAUCCACGCCAUAGUAGUCCAGAGAUCCACACCUGAUUGGCUCCCUUUCUUCCCGGGCUCCUCCUUCUGGGUCCCUCUGCCUCGCCAUGGUUCCAAGCGAGUUUCCGAUAUUAUUGACCAGUUGACCAAUCAACUCACUCCCGACGAGUACCUCUCUCUCACCACUGGCCGCGGCUGGCCCUGCUCCUCCUUUUUUGUUUCAGAUGGUGAGCAUACAGAUGUUUCAAGCAUGGAUGUGAAAUUGAAAAAUCCAGAGCAGCAGGAAGAGGAAGAAGAGGUGGAAAUUUCGAGUGAUUCGGACGGUGAAUCUUCUUGACACGCGGAUGGUUAUGAUUAUCCUACUGAAUUAUUUCCAUCUCUCGCAACAUGCUUCCUCUCGUCUCAGGCUUGCUCACCUUUCACAUCUAGUUCAUUACGGGAGAGGCUGCUUAAUGGAAUGCAAGUAAGAUGUUGUAUAGAUACAAUUUCCAUAGUCUUAGUAUAGAGAGUUUAAUGUUGUUCUUUGCUUAAUACCUCUUUAACUUUAUUCUACCGUGGAAGUGGUUGAUGCUUGGUUGAGCGCCAGUUACCGAUGUUUACUGUACAUUUGUACGUAUUGGCGACUCGUUGUUUAGUUUAUUUAAGCUUUUAAAGUUAAUUAACAUAAAAAUCCCAUGGUUUAUAUCGUGUGUUCUGCUUUAAGGCUAUUAGUACUUUUGUCUUCGAUCAUUACAAUUCAGCA